AUGCAUGCGACUCUAGACGAUCUGCCGCAUGAGAUCUUACUCCUCAUAAUUUCAUACGCACUCUCCUUUGGAUCCGUCCCAAGCAACAUCCUGUGCGUCAACCACCAGUUCCACAACGCCGGCGUGGAAUGGCUUUAUAGGAACUUGUACUUUCGCUCUCCAGAGCAACUAAGGCUUUUUGCACAGAUGGGGGAGAAUGCGGGGGUGGUGCUGCGCUCAGUGACGGUCGAUCUAACAGGCAAGUUUACGAGAUCAGACGUCUGGCAGCAUCUUCGCGAGGCGUUGUGCAGGUGUCGCGAUCGUACUGAGAAACUGGGGCAAAGGCAGAAGCAGAUCCCAUUGGAGGUUCUUUGUCUGAGACUCCAUUCAUACUCACGGGAUACAAGCCACCAUGUGUUCGAAGAGGCACUCUCCGUUGCCAAUCCCCGCGUAUUUCGGUGGACCGGACCCGACCCUGAUCACCACUUUUCCACCGCAAUCGUCGCGCCCAUAGCAAGCCGCCUGUGUAGAGUAUUCGGCACCUGGUCAAACAUUCAGGAUAUCACAGUCACUAACAUAACUUUCUCCGUUGAUUCGGACAAUUCAGUGGUGCCAUUACUCCCAGAGAUUCCCGGUCUUCGCACUCUGUACGUAGGUCAGGCAACGUUCCUGAGUGCAGGGUCUGUGGCGGCGGUCUUUUAUGUCAAUAGAAUGGCGAGCCUGGAGAGGGUGAGGCUUGUGGACGCCUACUGUGAGAGUAUUUGGGGCUCUAGAAUUCGAAGGUCGGAUAUCGAGAAAGCAGUUCAAAUCAUGAUGUUUCCCCAGGAUGUGGCACAGUACGAAGGUGUACUUUCACGCAUUCGGAAGAUACUUACAUGCGAGAGGAAGACGGAGCGUAUCACUGGAGGGGACCGGGUAGAGGGUAGUGUCUUUCUGGUUUGA